GUAUUCUAAACAAUGCACUUUUUCUGGUGGAGUGUAGCGUUCACGCUCUGGACCGCUGUCAGCGCCUUCAACGUGACCUUGCCGUCCAAUGGUAGUUUGUACCAACCGGCCACGACCUCCAGAAACCUUCAAUUGAAAGGAGUGGCUCUUGGAGGAUGGCUUGUUCUCGAACCCUAUAUCACACCUUCGUUAUUUUUGGCGUUCAAUGCCACCAACGGCACCGAAGCCGACAUUCCCGUGGAUGAGUACCACUAUUGCAAGGCCCUUGGACCCACCGAAGCCAAGAAGCGGUUGCGUAAGCACUGGGAUGGGUUUUAUAACGAACUGGACUUUGAGACUAUCAAACUGUACGGCUUGAACAUGGUAAGAAUCCCUAUCGGCUACUGGGCCUUCCAGCGCCUCGACUCGGACCCCUACGUGGCCGGGGCGGCCGAGUACCUCGAUAAGGCCAUUUCCUGGGCCUACAAAAACGACCUAAAGGUAUGGGUCGAUUUGCAUGGUGUUCCCGGGUCGCAGAACGGGUUCGACAACUCGGGUUACAGAGAUAUUGGAUAUCCUGGUUGGUUUAACCACACCGAGAACGUCAACGUUACGUAUGCGGUGUUGCAGCAGAUAUACGCUAAAUACGGCGGUAGCCAUAUCGCUAGUCAGUACCCUGACACAGUGAUUGGCAUUGAGGUGGUCAACGAACCGUAUAGUCCCAAAAUCUCCAUGAAAAAAAUUGAAACCUUCUACCGAAACACCUACGCAGAUGCUCGGCGUAUUCAGAAGGUUAACAAUACCAUUGUGUUCCACGACGCGUUCAAGUCUGCCGGCUAUUUCGAUGACUUCAUGACUUUUGCAGCCACCUCCAACACCUCCAACCGCACCACCCAAAACUACAACAUCAUGAUCGACCACCAUCACUACGAGGUGUUUGAUUCUGGGGCCUUGAACCUCACCGUUGCCGGUCAUAUCUCUAAUAUCAAGGGAUACAGUGAAGGUAUUCACGAUGAGUUAGACUCUCACCCGGCAGUGGUGGGCGAAUGGCUGGCGGCAUUGACCGACUGCGCCCCGUGGCUCAAUGGCGUAGGCAUCGGUACUCGCUGGGAAGGCACCUCGCCCUAUACCAACGAUGCCAUUGGCAAAUGUGAUGAUGUCAAUGACUUUAGUGCUUGGAGCGAUGACAGAAAGAAGAACUAUCGCAAGUUCAUUGAGAUCCAGUUGGAUCAGUACGAGUCUCAGACUAGUGGCUGGAUCUUUUGGUGCUUCAAGACCGAGACUUCCAUUGAAUGGGAUCUUUCUCGGUUGGUGGAUUUGGAGUUAUUUCCUCAGCCCUUGGAUGAUCGUGAGUAUAUUGUGAAUGGAACUGACACUGAUCCGGAUGCCAGAGAUGCCGAUGACGAUGGGCCGGCUGGGAAGGAGAGCGGGGCCGGCUGUGUGACUGCUUCAGUGAUGGCGGUGGUGAUGGCGGUUAGUAUUUAUAUUUUAUAGAUGACGGAAGAACUGAAGAAAAGGAACCAAGGAACUGAUGAAACUAAGGAAAAUAAGGAACUGAUGGAAGUAAGGAGACUAAAGAACUGAUAGCUAGACAUAGAUAACGCGGGUAUAAUAGAUUAAAAUUUGUCCUACAAC